CAGUUUAAAGCAAAAAAUAUGAACAGUGCAUUGCAUAUGUAAAUAAUAAUGUCAUUUAUGCAAGUUUAGAAAAAGAGCAGUAAUUUAAGAUAUUAUUGAUAGAGAUCGUGAAUAAAAAUGUCCCAAACUUUAAAUAUAGACGGAAGUUUGCAUGAAGGGGGUGGUCAAAUUUUGCGAAUGGCGCUUUGUUUCAGUAUACUAUGUAAAAAGCCGAUUAGAAUAUACAAUAUUCGCGGAGGGAGAAAAAAACCAGGAUUAAUGGCUCAGCACACCAAAGGUAUAGAACUGCUAAGAGAUAUGUGCAGAGCGCGGGUAAAAGGUUUAAAGAUUGGAUCAAUGGAAAUUGAAUUCUAUCCUGGAGAAAUUGGCCAAGGAACGUUUAUAGCUCAUGUGCAAACAGCCGGUAGCGUUAGUCUGUUAAUGCAAGCUGCGCUUCCAGUAGCAAUUUUUGGAGCUGGACCAAUUACGUUAGAUCUCAAAGGAGGUACUAACGUAGAUAUGGCCCCGCAAGUGGAUUUCAUGACAGAGAUAUUUCGACCCAACAUGGAAAAGUUUGGUGCCACGUUCGAUUUUGAUCUGCUUCGACGAGGUUAUUUUCCAAGGGGAGGUGGACACUGCAUAGUAAAAGUGAGAACGAUCCGAUCAUUGAAAUCUGUGACUUUGGUAGAGGUCGGAUCAAUUAGUCGCUGCUUCGGCUGGAGUUUUGUUUCCGGUGCCGUCCCAGUUAGAGUUGCUAAUCAGUUAGCUAGUGGAGCCAAGAAUGAAUUGAUACACAUUUGCAAGGAAAAUAUAGAUAUAGAAGAAUAUCAGGAAAGUGUGGAUAUAGCUACAGACAAUUGUUCUGGAAUUAUAUUGGGCAUCGAAACAAGCACUGGAUCGAUAAUAGGAGGAGCAGCACUAGGCAAUCGCCAAAAAGACUCUUUCUUGAUAGGCCAAGAAGCCGCUAGCGCAAUCACCUCUGCUUAUAAUUCACGAGCGUGUGUUGAUCGCCAUGUCCAGGACAUGCUGGUCGUGCUAAUGGCGCUUGCAGAAGGCCAUAGCAGAAUUAAAACGGAACCAUUGACGUUACAUACACAAACUGCAAUUUAUGUGGCAAAACUAAUGACUAAUGCCAAAUUCACAAUAUCUGAGCAAGAUGACGGCAGCUUUAUUAUAGACUGUAUUGGAAUUGGUAUCAAGAAUCAGUUUCACUAGUGAAAUAGAUAAAAAACUAAUUUCUUAGCAUGGAGUGAAGGAUCACGAGUUUCUUGAAAGAAAUAAAAAAGUAUCAUACCAAA